AUGGGCAGCUCUUGGAUUGUAGUAGCAUUUUGCUGCUUGGGACAGCUGUGUGCAGAUCAAAGGCUGAAGCCUCAAAUUGCAGCCCCUCGGCUUGCUACAAACAAUCCCACUCUUACUACAGUUGCUCUAGAAAAACCUUUCUGUGUGUUUGACAGCUCACUGCACCCAAAUAAGUCUUACUCCAUCUACUUGUAUGCAAUGAAGGAGUCAGCAGGUGCCAUGAGCUCCCUGGUGACUGAGGGCAGCGGCAAAGCACUGGACAGCACCUUCCAGCAAACACACGGGGGGCAGCUGGGGCCCUACAGGGCUGCUGCAUUCCAUGUGCCCAGCUGUGCAUCCCCUCCCAGGCUUGUGGACGCAGGAGAUGUCAGCAAAGUUUCUGAUGUCCUGAAACAGUACCUCUUCAGAGUUGGGGAUGAUGGGACGUGUCUGUACGACCCAAACUUCCUCGAUGUCUGUAACCCGCCUCUCGCACCAGGCACGACUUACAGGUUUAAGUAUGUCCUGGUAGAGAGCACUGAAGGGAUUGUGAAAGACCAAACCCUCUGGUCUGAUCCAAUCAAAACCAGAAGAGUUAAACUUCCCUUGCAAGUUGACACCUGGCCUGGCCGAAGGAGUGGAGCCAUGGUUGUCAUCACAUCCAUCCUGAGUGUGCUCCUGUUCCUCCUGCUUGCUGGGAUUCUGGCUGCUGUGUCCUCAGCUGUCAUGAGACCAGGAGGUCCUUCUGCAGAGACAAGGUGCACCCCUCAGACUGCUCAGCCAAGUGACCCAAGACCACAGUUGGGCUCUGAGUGACCAGCCUGAUUGCAGCCAGGGUGGGACUGCAGCUGAACUGCUCCAUGUGCUGAGACCCACAGGACUGUCUCUUCUAUUCAACAUGAGUCCAUAAAAGCCCCAGAACACAGCCAGGCAACAGGAGAUGAGCAGCACUGAUGAAUUAAGGACAGCUGUUUUGAAGUCUUGCAGUACAUGAUACCUUGUCCUAAUGA